AUGGGUCUCUUCACUCGUACCCAAAAUCCACCUCCACCACAAGCCGACCCGGCGGCUCCUCGAGGCAGCUUCUUUAGUCGUCGUGAUAAACCUUCUGUCUCUACUGCGGGCACUGGGAAUCAGACGGGCGUCUCGCCUGCAUCUCCAUAUGCAUUUAUCAACCGCCGACCCACUUUUGGAGGAUGGGUAAAGACGAUUUGGUUGGACAUAAUAACCAUGGCUGCCAUGGGUGCAAUCGGGCUAGGGGUUUACAUGGCGCCUCCAGCACCAACCCGUAACUUCCCUGUCUACUACGCUAAUGGCGAAAUCGUCUACCCAGAGAUGGCUUAUCCUCUUCGUAAAAACAUCAUUCCGAUCUGGCUUGCCGCUUUCCUUGCCUCAAUCAUUCCAAUUUUCUUCUUUGUUCUCCUCCAGAUUCGCAUUAAAUCUUUCUGGGAUGCGAAUAACGCUAUUGUCGGUCUCCUCUACUCUCUUAUCAACGCUGCUGUCUUCCAGGUCUUCAUCAAAUGGCUUAUUGGUGGCCUCCGUCCCCAUUUCCUCGCUGUCUGCCAACCCCGUGUCACCUUGCCGCCAGCUGCAGGAUCGGUCGCUGGCAGUGCUGAAGGUGUCGGACCAGGUGGUGGUAGCGGGUUUGGGUACAUUAUGUUUACCAAGGCGAUCUGUACUGGAGACAAGGAUGACAUCAACGAUUCCUUGGAAAGUUUUCCAUCUGGACAUUCUACCGCGGCCUUUGCUGGAUUCGUUUUCAUGUUCUUGUGGCUCAAUGCAAAACUCAAGCUCUGGUCAAAUUACCACCCCGCGAUGUGGAAAAUGAUUUGUGUUUAUGCGCCACUCCUUGGAGCAGUCCUAAUUGCAGGAUCUUUGACCAUCGAUGAAUUCCAUCAUUGGUACGACGUUGUUGGUGGCGCUCUUAUUGGUACUAUCUUCGCUUUUGGGGCUUACAGAAUGGUUUACGCUGCUAUCUGGGAUUGGAGGUACAACCAUAUCCCUCUUCCAAGAGGCCAUGAUGGUGUCAACUUUGGAAAAGGAGUUGGAUACGGUGGGUUUGAAAACGCAGUAUUCACCAGGAAAGCCGGGUGGGGAACCUUCGUCGAAGGAAACUUCUACAACGAUAAGGGACGUCACGGACACCACGGGCAUAGAAGAAGUCGGAGUAGAAGCAUGGGUAAUAAUGGUUACCCUGUCGCCACGGGGCCUGAGAGGGUCUAG